AGAUGGUAGAAGGAAUACGCAGCGUUUGGCACAACGUAAACACACAUGCUCGUCUCCCUCGCUCUGAAGAGGACGCACCGGGGAAGAGCAGCAGAUGGAGUGUGAGCGAAACCGAGAGGACCGGGAAGCUUUUAAAGUUAUGUCUUAAACAUUUUUUGUCGCCCUUUAAAGCGUUGAUUUGAAGGAAACGGGCAGUGAGUGGACGAUUCAAAUGCUUCUCAGUUUGGACAGGAGACGUUAUUUUUUCCAUUUUACCAGGUCUGUGAUUUACGCACAGCGGAGCACACGGGACAGAGAAAAGUUUUGAAGAAAGUUGUUUUUUUUUCUUGAUCACAGGGAUUUAAAAAAGUGUACUUGUCACACAUUUCUUUGCACCUGCAAACUGCUUUUUUUUUUUUUUUUUUUUUUUAACUUAAAUUCGCACCUGAGCCUGCAUGGAGUGAUUUGGCACUUUCUAUUCGCCAAUCACGUAAUUCUGUCGCUCUUGCUGAGUUAGACUGAAUUUAUUAAUGGAUUAGAAUUAUCCGAGACUUAAGACGAGAAAAACACAGCUUCACAUUUAUGCUUUGGGACAUGGCAACAGCCACCUCGAGUCCAUACCUCGCCAGCAGCAGGAUUCUAUCCGGCCCGGUCCUCCACUCUGACCGGAGAGGUGGCGGCAUGCAGCCGGGCAACCCCGCUGUCACCACGGUCUCUUCCGGUUACAGAGGGGACACUUCGGUGAAGAUGGUGCAGAGUGACUUCAUGCAGGGUGCGAUGGUGGGGGGCAACGGGGGCCACAUGCUGAGCCAUGCCCAUCAGUGGGUGACAUCGUUGCCUCACGCGGCAGCCGCAGCAGCCGCGGCCGCGGUGGCAGCAGCCGAGUCGGGUUCCCCGUGGCCCCCCAGCACCCAGCCGCAGGACGUGAAGAGAAACAGAGAGGACCUCCACCCGGGCUCAGCUCUGCACCACAGGUCGCCACAUCUCGGAGCCCAUCAAGCGCACUCGGGAAGUUGGGGAGGCUCCUCCGCGUCGCACAUAAGCAUCGGUGAGGGGGGGCAGCAGCAGCACCAGCAGCAGCAGCAGUCUCUGAUUUACUCUCAGCCCGGGGGGUUCACUGUCAACGGGAUGCUCAGCUCGCACACAGGCCAGAGUCUCAUGCACGCCGGGUUGGUUCGCGGGGAAUCCCCGGAGCUGGACCACAGCAGCCACCAUCACCACCACCAUCAUCACAAUCACACCAACCACGCUCACCAUCACCAGCACCAUGGGGUCAGCCACGAACCGCACUCAGACGAGGACACCCCCACCUCCGACGACCUGGAGCAUUUCGCCAAACAGUUCAAACAGCGACGCAUCAAGCUGGGCUUCACGCAGGCGGACGUGGGUUUAGCCCUCGGCACGCUGUACGGCAACGUCUUCUCUCAGACCACCAUCUGCAGGUUCGAGGCGCUGCAGCUCAGCUUCAAGAACAUGUGCAAGCUGAAGCCUCUGCUCAACAAAUGGCUGGAGGAGGCCGACUCCACAACCGGGAGCCCGACCAGCAUCGACAAGAUCGCCACGCAGGGCCGGAAGAGGAAAAAGCGCACGUCCAUCGAGGUGAGCGUAAAAGGCGCGCUGGAGAGCCACUUCCUCAAGUGUCCCAAACCCUCCGCGCAGGAGAUCAACUCUCUGGCGGAGACUCUGCAGCUGGAGAAGGAGGUGGUUCGGGUCUGGUUCUGCAACCGCAGGCAGAAGGAGAAGCGCAUGACGCCGCCUGGACUGCCGCGCACCCCUGAGGAUGCGUACUCACAGGUGGGCAGCAUGGGACCUGACACGCCGUCCCCCUCCAUAGACUGCAAGAGGAUGUACAGCGACACGUGAAAACAGUCCCAACAGAAGAUACCUGACCAGCAAGUGUUUGAAUACAAUUCAUGUUUUCCUCCUGAGUAACUUUUCUUACAGCUCCACGUGUCAUUUGACCCCACGAUGAUGUUGUGAAUUCAUUUCAGAGCAGGACCUGUGUCUUCUUUUUAUGCAUCUCCGGGUAUUUUUCUGCGCACAGAAUCAGUCCUUGGGACAAAAAAUGAACAGCUUAACUACAAUAUGUCUACAGGGAUAACUGUAAUCUAUUGAAGGGUGUAUUGUCAAAGAGCCUACAGAAGGAGUUUUGAUCAGAUACGACAAGAAGUUCAAAGAAAAGAGCUAUUUAGGUUUCUCUGUAAUGUUAAAAAUAAAAGUUCCCUUGUAAAAGCUGCAGGUUCUGACGUCCCACAGGCUGUAGUUAUUUCUUUAAUGAAAGACACUGAUUUCAUGCGCUUUAUUCAGCAUAAAGUCGUUUUUAUAUGAGCAAUAAUGUCCCUUCCUUUUAAGCGUGUUUCUCACUUUGUGUUGUGUGUCAGUUUGAUUUCACUUUAACAUGAUCAAAAAUACAUUUUUGAAAUAUUUGCAGUAUUGUGUUUUCCUGCAUAGCAAACUUACUUUUUAAACUCAACUCUAAUCAUGUAAAAGUUAUUCAUGCUGUGUAUUCCCGUGUGAUGAUUUGGACUAUUUAUUUUUUUUCCACUGUGUUUAUUUUCAUGGAAUAGUAUAAUUAUUUAAUAAACUCGACCAAAAAUGAAA